CCGCCGCUAUCGGGUAUUCCGAUGAGGGCGGCGAGAAUCGAACUGGGCGGCGCGUUGCUUUGAGGGAUUGCUCUGCAGCAUGAGCCUCAACUAAGGGGUGUACAGCCUAGUAAAUGGCCGCAUGGCCGUUGUCAUCUCCUUUACAAAAAAGCUUGGCCGUCCUGAGGUUGAUUUAGUUCUCGAUCUGCCUUGCACCUAAGCCUUUAGGGACACGCCCUCCGUCGAUGGCUAGAUUGUGGAGGUCUAGCAAGAGGCAAAUUGUAUAUACCCCUCCCCUUUUCCUCUUGUUGGUUCUAUACCUAACAUUUUAAUUGGUUCACCCACUAUAUCAUAAGGGGCAACAUUGUCUCCCUUACAUGACACUUGCUCGACCCGUUAUUUUUCUUCCAACCUAUUUCUGCCCAACUUUUAUGAGUUAUCGAGGCAAUGAUUCAGAGGAGUUGCUAACCUCGCAAGGACAGUAUUGUCUUGCCUCUCCUUCCCUAAGGUCUUAUAUCUUUUCAUUACUAGUCUACACUGUACCUAUUCAUAUACAGCUUUAUUUCUAAUUAGUUCGCCCUAAAAUCCCCAAAUGGAUGUCUAUGGCGUAGCUCUGGUUGUUGGUGCUGGGAGUGGAAUCGGUCUUGAAACCGGGUUGACCUUUGCAGAGAGAGGUGCCCGGGCAGUUAUUUUCGCUGACCAGACACUUGAUGCAGCGUCAGAGGCGUCGGCAAAAAGCAAAUCUCUUGCCUCAGCUAAAGACUAUGGGACUGCUGCCAUCGCCGUUGACGUUAGAGACCGAGAGUCUGUGAAAGCAAUGGUUACCAAAGCCAAGGAAUUGUUCGGCAGAAUAGACUACGCUGUGAACAGCGCCGGACUGCCGCGUCAAACCCCAGCGGACACGUCAAGUGUGGAUGAAGCGGAAUACGACCUGUUGCAUGAUGUAAAUGCAAAGGGUAUUCUGCAUUGCCUCCAAGAAGAGAUCAGUGUGAUGAAGAAUCAGGAGCCUCUAUAUGUCGAAGGUCGCAGCGGUCGCCGAAGUAUAGGUCCUGGUGCGAUUGUCAACGUCACUUCUCUGUCUGCUGUCCUCGGCACGGCUCAAUCAAUCACCUAUGUAGCAAGCAAAUUUGCCGCGCGAGGCAUAGUGAAGUGUGCAGCCCUUGAAAAUAGGAGCUCGGGCCUUCGGAUAAACGAAGUGUGUCCGGGCUUCACAGAUACGCCGAUGCUCAGACGUGGAAUUGAGAAGCAGCCAAAGGUUGGCGAAAUCAUCAACAAGUCUAUGCCUCUUGGUAGGGUCGCGACGCCUGAAGAGAUUGCGAAUGUGAUUCACUUCCUUGCAAGUCCAGGAGCAAGCUUUGUUAACGGACAGACGUUGGUGGUAGACUCUGGAGUGUCAGUCCCUGUCCUUACUUGA